CCAUUAUAUUGAGCACUACUACCCUACUCACAAAAGCUAAAUAACGUCUCAAUCUAAGAGUGUUAUUUAUCUCUUCAUUAUACCUCAGUUUUCACACACACAAAAAAAUGGCAAGAAUACAUAGGAAAGUAGGUUUAUUGUCAAUUUUAGUGUUGUUGCUAGUAAGUGAGUGUAGUUGUGACAUAAACAAGGAUAAAGAAGAGUGUGCAAAUCAACUAGUUGGGUUAGCAACAUGUCUUCCUUAUGUUGGUGGUCAGGCUAAGUCUCCUACACAAGAUUGUUGUACUGGUCUCAAACAAGUGCUCAAGGAUAGCAAGAAAUGUUUGUGUAUCCUUGUUAAGGACCGUGACGAUCCUAGCCUCGGAUUAAAGGUUAAUUCUACCUUGGCUCUAAGUCUACCUAAGGAAUGUCAUGCCACUGAUAAUGCUAGUGUUGAUGAAUGUCCAGCACUUCUGCACUUGGCACCCAAUUCUCCAGAGGCUAAGGUCUUCAAUGAUUUUGCUAAAGCUGCUGCUGCUGCUCCUCCAACCAGUGGGACUCCAGCUUCUAGUGGUAAGUCCACUGGAGGAGGAGGAGGAGGAGGUGGUGGUGGUGGAGCGAGCGCCAAGGAAACUAGUGAUAGUGGAAAGGGCAAGGGAUGUUUGGUUGCUCAAAUGUUUUAUGGAGCCUUGAUUUGGAGCUUUGUUUCAUACUUUGUCUUUUAACAGGAUUUUAGAAGAAUUGCGUUCAUCAUAUAGGUUUAUUAAGUUUUAUCUUCAUGUCUGCUUAAUUUUGUCAAUUUUACAAGAAUUUCUUCGCGCCCUUAUGAGUUUUUAGGAAGGUAUAUGUUAAUGUAUUACCAUCGAUUAUUUUUAGUUGUAAUUUCUGUGAAACUAAUGACAUUUGAAUAAUGACAAUAAAAGAUCGAGUUGUUACAAAAAAA